AUGGAAGAAGAUGCUUUAUGGAUAUCUCUUUUAGCUAUUUUGAUUAUUAUACUGAGUUUAGGAUUAUUUUUUUUCAUUUGUUGUCUUUGUGCAAAAUAUCGACAACGUUCACCGCGCGAAAGACGACUUAGUAGUACCGCUGAUAUCGAUACUCCUCUAUUACAACGUUUAACUCAACCAAAACGUGAACGAGAACUUGAUGGUCAACGUUCAGCUCUAUUAACGUGUCACUUCUACGUUAGAUGUGUAAACGAGUAUACAUUCUAUUCACAAUUAUCACAAAUUGGUUAUAGAAUUGAUAAAUAUUGGUUUCUACUAAGUCCAAAACAAGGCAGUGGUAAACAAGCUUCAAUUAUCUUAAGUUUAUUUCCUAAAAGUGAUCGAUUUGAAUUUCCUCACGAAGAAAGUGUUUACAUAACGAUUUUAAAUGAACUGUUUUCCUAUUUAUAUCAUCCUUAUGUGGAACAAAUAAAAAAAAUCGAUUAUAUUCAAAAUCAACUGUUAUUUGUAAUUGUCAAAGAUUAUCAAACACAUGGUUCACUCAAAGAUUUUAUACAUGGUGUGGUACCAACAGGACAAUUUAACGGAAAAUACAGUUAUCGUAACUCUGGCAUAUCGCUUGAACGUGUUCAUUUAUAUUCUACACAAAUUCUUGAAGGUUUACUUUAUUUGAAAGAAAAGAGUAUUCCACCCCUCAUUGACCUACAUAGUGGAAAUAUUAUCAUUGCUCGAAAUGGAGAAUGUGUACAAAUUGGCUCUUAUGAAUAUUCAUUUCUUCAAGAACGAUCUCGAAUAGCAUCACUUGUCAAACGAUCUGUCCAAAAUCUACAACCAAGUAUUGCUGAUGGUAUGUCAAUGGAAGAUGUUAAUGAAGUGAUUUGUUUCGGUCGUUUAAUAUUUGAAAUGGUAUCAGGUUAUGAAUUGGACACAAUUACUCUAACACCUAAACAUUGGCACGAUUGUCGAGAUGAUGGUGUCAGGCAAUUAUUAACAAAAAUAUUUGAUACAACAAAACCUGUUCUAACAUUAAAAGAAAUACGUAAAUUACCGUAUUUUCAAAAUAGUCCACCAUUGAUUGAAUUGAAAAACUUUCAGCCUAUUCUCGUUGAAUAUUCUCAAGAUAUUAAAUCUAUCUUAGAUCAAACGAAAGAACAAAUAAAAGCAUCCGCUGCAAAAACCAAACCAAAUCUGACAAGAACAGUAUCCGUAUCGAAUAAAAGAUCAUCUGGAAGUUUGAGGAAAAGUUCAACAACACUGUCGACUAGAAGAUCAACAACGAUAACGCCAACAUCCUUCAUCAAUUUAAAUUUCAAACAACAACCAAAACUAGCAGACGUUGAACAAAUAGAUAUGGCUAAACUGCCGAGUCGGCCACCUCCACCCGCACCAAAUAUACCUCCUCCUCCAGGUCCUCCUCCUCCUCCACCUCCACUACUAGUGACUAAACCAAAAGCAAAUACUGGCGGUGAAGACGAUCGGUCAGCUUUAUUGGGAGAUAUCCGACAUGGCUUACAACUGAAAAAAACUGCAACAAACGAUAGAAGUGCACCAAAAUUUAAAUAA